AUGACUCUCCUGAACAACAUCCCGUUCGUCCUUGUGGCGUUUUCCUCCCUCGCAACCGCUGGGACUCUAUUCUCUGCCGACUUCUCAAGUGGUCUCGGGCCCUUCAAGGCGUGCAAUGUGAAAGCGCCAUCAACAGCCAAAGUUGUUGACGGCACCCUCGAGUUCUUCUUUGAUGAGACUGGCUUUGACGGCACUCGCAAUGACAAAGGCGUUGAGAUCUGUGUCUUCCAAGAGGGAACUGCAACCAACGUCCAGCAAAUGAAGAAGGAAGGAUGGCAGGGGUUCAGAAUCUUCGUCCCGUCUGGUAAGUUCCCGGCGGACAAGCAAACCAUUUUCUCUCAGCAGUUCUGCCCUGGCGGCUGCUCGUCUUGGUGUGGGACUCUUGAGAUCUCGGGCAAUUCUGUCAUCGCAGCCCACAGGACCGGAUGCGUCGACCCUACAACCGCCACAAUUGUCAAGGAUAUCAAGAGGGACACCUGGCAUGACGUUGUAGUCCGUAUGAAGGCGUCGCGAGAAGGCCGCGGUGCGUAUGAAGUCUGGUGGGAUGGCGCCAACGUAUACAGCAAGAAGAAUAUCAACGUUGGGUUUGGCACAUGGGAUGGGGACACGUUGGGUGGCUGGUACUUUAAGAAUGGCCAAUAUGCCUAUGACAGCGAAAACUACGGCGAUGCCCAGAGAACGCUGUAUCUAGAUGACGUCAAGUGGUACGAGACCGAUUCGGGAGAGACUGACGGAUAUAACAAGGUUGCCCCGUGA